GGAGUCCCAAUAAUCUAAAGCAAUCUGUAAGGACCUGACCUUAGUCCAUCCAGAUCAAUAGGGAAGUGAGGGUGGAAAGAAGAAGAAGAGGAAGAAAUAAGGGGCGCAAACCGGAUCGUUUACACUGGCAGUUCCCGAGGAAAUAUAGACUUCCCUUGCUUGCACCUUUUGUUGCUCACAUGCUCACACUGUAAAAGUGGAUAUCGAGGCAAUUCCCCUGCUUUGUGUGGCUGCAGCAGACUUUUUUCCCGUUUCCUACCACCAUGUCUUUCCCUCAGCUGGGAUAUCAGUACAUCCGACCGAUAUACCCGCCGGAGCGCCAGGGGAUCUCCAGCAAUGCCCGGGCCGGGACAGAGCUCAGUCCGUCCGGCGCGCUCUCCAACGUCCUCUCCUCCAUGUAUGGAUCUCCUUUCGCCGCAGCAGCGCAGGGCUAUGGAGCGUUUCUGCCCUACUCAAACGAUAUAUCAAUUUUCAAUCAGUUGGGUGCUCAGUAUGAGCUGAAAGACAGUCCCGGGGUCCAGCACCCAGGUUUUGCCCACCACCACCCUGCGUUUUACCCAUAUGGCCAAUAUCAGUUCGGUGACCCGUCCAGACCCAAAAACGCCACGAGGGAGAGCACCAGCACCCUGAAGGCCUGGCUCAGCGAGCACCGAAAGAACCCCUACCCCACUAAAGGAGAGAAGAUCAUGCUGGCCAUCAUCACCAAAAUGACCCUCACACAAGUGUCCACCUGGUUCGCCAACGCCAGGCGGAGGCUAAAGAAGGAGAACAAGAUGACCUGGGCCCCUCGGAACCGCACCGACGAAGAGGGGAAUGUUUACGGCAGCGAUCACGAGGGGGAGGAGGGGGACAAGAGGGAGGACGAGGAGGAGAUCGACCUGGAGAACAUCGACACGGAAAAUAUUGAAAACAAGGACGACUUGGACGACCAGGACGACCUGCAUUCAGAUAUGAAACUAGACGGGAGGAGUGACUCUGAGAUUUCUGACGGCUAUGAGGAUUUACAAGGGCCCCCAGACCACCAGAGGUUUCUGAAGGCUGUGGGGAAAGAGGGCAAAGACGUUGAGAGAGGAGCAGAGCACUUCCACCACCAUCAUCAUCAUCACUUGGACACAAAAGCGUCCCAAGCAAACGGUGAGCAGCUCAAACUGAACGCGGUAUCCGUGAGCUCACCGGAAAACAUCCCUGCCCCGGUCCAGAAGCCAAAGAUCUGGUCUUUGGCAGAGACAGCCACGGCCCCUGACAAUCCCCGCAAAUCGCCACAAAUGAACGGCAGCCACUCCGCAGGGCCCGCCGGCGCUCAGACCAUAAUGGCCCCUCAUAGACUUAUCUCUUCUUGUCCCGUUGGGAAAAUCCAGAACUGGACGAACCGAACCUUCUCGGCGCAUCAGCUGGCAUUACUGAACUCUAACCAUUACUUGGGACUCGCAAACCAGGCCACAGCCACCGGCCUGGCCCUGUACAGCAGCAGCAGGCAAACGGAGGACAAGAGUCAUAGUUCAGAGACUUCAGUCACAGGUACAUGUCCCCGACACUGAGACGCGCAUGUAUAAAUUACUACAAAAACAAAGACACUAGCCCAUUGACCGUCAUUCAUUUCUAUUAUUUUAGACCUCCCGUUUCCUCCUUUGCCUGUUCCUGGAUUUUUGUUCUCUCUAUAGGCCACACAGAUGAACAGUGUUAUAGUUUACAGUGUGUGUGAUGUAUGAGUGUGUGUGUGGAGUGUGUUUGUCCGAGAGGAUUAUUGAAACCUCAUCAGAAAGCAUUUAUGAAAAAAAAAGUUGAAUUGGGUGAAAACUGUUUUCAUGCCCCUUCCUGUCUUUAUUUGGUAUUGUUACAUCCAUAUGGUAGGCUAUUAAGGCCCAUGUGCUUGUAUUCAAUGGUUUACAUAAAUCCCUCAACCUAUUAAAACAACUCGACACUAAAUUCACUGAAACCCAGGAUGGGGUAUGAUAAUAGGCGUUUUAAUUAUUGCUUUUUUAAUUUCGAUUGCCACAAUUUCAGAGAGAUCUAGUGCCUUGGAUGCAGAGAAAAAGUUGUUAAAACAGCUUUCCACCCACUUCAAAGAUAGCGAGGCUGUCACUAAUGACAUUUGGGAAUUUUCUUUUUGAUGCCAUUUCGCAUUAUUCUUUUUUUAAACGCCAUAUUUACCCAAAUUAGCUUUUAUUCUAAGAUUUGUUUUUAUCCCUGUGUGUGUGCGCUUGUGUUAUUUCGUCAAGGCCUAUGUUACACUUACUUGUUUGGUCAUGCAAAUGAGCUCAAUGCAAAUUCACUACAGGCUCGUUGUUAAAAGGCAAUUGUCACUUUUAUAUCACUUUGUUUUUUAGCUCUUCCUAAGGCUAUUAUUAGUAGGAUUUAUUUUCUUUUUUUUUAAGAUCACUACAUAAAAAAGGUAUGUUACCCCUGUGUAUUUCAGGCCUCUGAACCCACUAGCAGCAGCGGUGCUUCUCUCGGCUCUCUCCUCUGCAUUACCUCUCACCCAUCCUCUUUAUUCUUUCUGUUUUAUUUUAAUUUGAAUAUGGAAUGUAAAAUAAGAAUAAUACAUCUCUGUAUACUUACAUUGUAAGCAUGUCCUGUGUAAAACUGCUAAUGUAAUAAUGUAUGAACCUGUAGUCUGUGAGUUUUUCUUUUCUUUUUGUAAGUUCUGUGAGGAUUUGAUGUUCAAAUGUUUUGUAUAUAAAGUUAAGAAUAUGUACAUACU